UGUGUGUGUGUGUGUGUCCUCUCUGUCGGUCUCGAGCUGCUGUCGGGUUGGUUGUUGUGCUCCGGUCUCUCUCUGAAGGACCAUGCCCCCCCCUCAGCAGCAGAACUCUCUCGGCUCCUCUUCAGUGUUACUACCUGACAUGAAUGACUGAAGUCUGAGGACGUGGCGCCCCUUGCUGGACUCCCGCUGCCCCUGCAGGCCAUGGCUGAGCCCAGCUACUCCGACCUGAUCGACAAACACUACAACUACACCGGCAAGUUCCGGAAGACACAGCAGGACUCGGGCCUGAAGGCCGACUCAGUGGUCUUCAUAAUUGUGUGCUGCUUCAUCAUCCUGGAGAACAUCCUGGUCCUGACCACCAUCUGGAGGACCAAGAAGUUCCACAAGCCCAUGUAUUACUUCAUUGGGAACCUGGCGCUGUCCGACCUGCUGGCCGGCGUUGUCUACACUGCCAACAUCCUGCUGUCGGGCGCCAACACCUACAAGCUGACGCCCACGCAGUGGUUCUUCAGAGAGGGCAGCAUGUUCGUGGCUUUGGCGGCGUCGGUCUUCAGCUUGCUCGCCAUUGCCAUCGAGCGACACCUGACCAUGCUGAAGAUGAAGCUGCACAAUAAUGGCAACACCUGCCGCGUUUUCCUGCUCAUCAGCACUGUGUGGAUGAUCGCGGCAGUGCUAGGCGGCCUGCCAGUGAUGGGCUGGAACUGCAUCCAGAACAUGGCGCAGUGCUCCACCGUGCUGCCGCUCUACCACAAGACCUACAUCCUGUUCUGUACCACUGUCUUCAGCAUCAUCCUCAUGGCCAUCGUGGUGCUCUACGCUCGUAUCUACGUGCUGGUGCGCACUCGCAGCCGCAAACUCGUCUUCAGGAAGGUGUCCAACGGCCGCACUAACGCCGGCACCAACAUCAAGAGCUCGGAGAAGUCAAUGGCGCUGCUGAAGACUGUCAUCAUCGUCCUGAGCUGCUUCAUCGCCUGCUGGGCGCCACUCUUCAUCCUCCUGUUGCUGGACGUGGCCUGCGAGACGCUGACCUGCCCGAUCCUCUACAAGGCCGAGUGGUUCCUGGCGCUCGCCGUCCUCAACUCUGCCAUGAACCCGCUCAUCUACACACUGACCAGCAACGAGAUGCGCCGCGCCUUCCUCAAGACGCUGCUGUGCUGCACCGCCUGCCUCCGGCCAAACACCAAGUUCGCGGGGCCGAAUGUGGGGGCAGAGUUCAGCCGCAGCAAGUCAGAUAACUCCUCCCACCCCAACAAGGAGGAGGCGGAGUACUCUCCGAGGGAGACGACAGUGGCAUCCUCUGUCAACGUCACCUCGUCGUCCUAAAUGCAAAAUGAGCCGUAGAGUGUCAGACGUAGAGUUUGUUUUUGUACAGGAAACAGGAGUGAAUGGCGCCCGGCACCGUCAUCAUGGACCAAUCUGAACCUUCAGCUGAUCCGGACUCACAGCACUUAUGGAGACUUUCAGACUGGUUGAACUAGGACCCUCAGUGUCCACACUUUGUAAGAAGCUCAUGCCUGGACUGUGCCGUUGAGUCAGAACACAGUAUUACGCCUCAGCCACACCUGUUGAUGUGGAUCAUGGUGGUCCGGAUCCAACCUGGACCCAUUUAGACCGCCAAGUCCACAUGAUGGUUUUCACAAAGUGUGCUGAAGGUUUACAGGACAAGUUAUCUGAGCUUCAUAGAAAGUGUCCUCGUAGAAAAGCCAGAACCUUUAUACUGACCCGCUAAGAACAACUAGAACUGUAGUGCUUAAACACUCAACUGUCCAAUAUUUAAUUCAUUUUCCUCCACGUCCAACUUCAGAGCUCAGGAGCUCCUCGACAACUCCAAACUUCAGAAAAUCUAAAAUACCAAACCAACGUUUCCCCAAACCAUGCGUCUGUCAGCUGACGUUCUGAAGCGUUUCAUUUGAAUCAAAACAUUAUUAAACAUUUUAUCUUUAGUAGUAAACACGUUAAAUCUCAGAGGAGCUCCUGAACUUUGACCUUUGGCAUGUUUUGUUGUGACAUUUUGUAAAAAGUUAACUUGUUUGUAGAACUAGAAUUAUUUUCUACUUCCUGUCUGUCUGUGUUUUCGUCCAUAGGGACGUCUGUUUAAUUAAUUUAUAUUUGAAACCAGGAAAAAAAAAAACAUGUUUUGUUUGUCCGAGAAACAAAAGACGUUUUUUUUGUUCAGUCGUGUUUCAGAAAAAUGGAAACUCAUUUCAGCCACGAAAAAUAUUUCAAAUUAAAACAUUUAAAUAAAAGUCAAAUUAAAAAUUGAAACUUAAUUUUUCAUUUAGAUGUUUUAAAUCUGAUCCAGAGCUUUGAGUCAAAUUAAAUAUUUAAAUGAUUGGAUGAAGAUCAUGUGACACAGCUGAAAGCUCCAGGACAGACUAAAUGUUUCUGUUCGUUCUUUCGUCAUCAAAUGUUGAACUUUUGGCGGGAAUGGGCUUCCGUAGAUUCUGACUGUGUUACCAUGGUGACCGGUCUGAUCCAUUAACCCUUUAAUUAGCAGCAGCUCUGUGUAACAUGAACGUUGGUUUGUUAGCGCUUAAUAAAGAAAUAGAAACACAGUU